GGACCUGCCUGCACAGUUGAAGAUCAGGGGGGACCUGCCUGCACAGUUGAAGAUCAGGGGGGACCUGCCUGCACAGCUGAAGAUCAGGGGGGACCUGCCUGCACAGUUGAAGAUCAGGGGGGACCUGCCUGCACAGUUGAAGAUCAGGGGGGAACCUGCCUGCACAGCUGAAGAUCAGGGGGUACCUGCCUGCACAGUUGAAGAUCAGGGGGGACCUGCCUGCACAGUUGAAGAUCAGGGGGGACCUGCCUGCACAGUUGAAGAUCAGGGGGGACCUGCCUGCACAGCUGAAGAUCAGGGGGGACCUGCCUGCACCACUCACUCACUAUUCCAAAUUGACUUUUACUCCCACAUUCAAUUCAAUACUAUAGGACAUGCUCAACUCUAUAUAAGAGUCAGCGGAGUAGUCACUGGCAUGCUGCAGAGAGACUGACAGAGAACCAAGGCUGCUGCAAACUUCUUCCCUAUCAGCAGAAGGGCUGGUAGUGUUAUCUCCACCAAAAGCCAAGGGGGCACAGGGACCAGGGGCACAGCUGCAGACCAGUUCUCUUCCACCCCAAAGAAGCUCCACUGAAUGAAAUAUGAGGGAUAUUAUGGGCUCUGCACUGCUGGUGAUUACAUUUCUAUUGCUCUCCCCUGGAUACUGCAAAGCCAGGACUGACUCCAGCAACCUGACAGACAAGAACCUGUUUAAUUUUAUCAUGAAAAUCAUCAUAGACUUUAAGAGGUAUCACAAUACAGAAGACAACAGGGUGCAGUACCCUUCAAAGCAAGACUAUUACCCAGAAAACAAGGAGGACAUGGAGUAUGGGGCUUACCAGGAGCAGAGAGUAGAAAUAGUACCCAGAGACCUUCGAAUGAAAGAGAAGUUUCUAAAGCAUUUAACAGGGCGACUGUCUUUUACAAGCCCGAACUGCAAUAAACACUUUCGAAGACUCUACAACAGCACAAGGGACUGCACCAUUCCAGCACAUUACAAGAGAUGCGCAAGACUUCUUACAAGAUUAGCGGUCAGUCCUAUGUGUAUGGAUGGAUAACAGGCAAUGAUAUCGAAAGAACUUGACAAACCAAGAACUCCAAACAAAAAACAAAAGUGCCUUGGAAGCCAACAGGGAACAGACACAGAUGUUUCUAGCAUAAUCCCAUUGUGAACAAAUACAAUUUAUUUUUGCAUAUUGACUAAUAAUGUACUUCCAUAACUCACAACUUGCUAUUUUCUAUGUUGUCCUCCCCGUAUGCAGAUGGAUGUAAGUGACUGCCAUAAUGACAACACGCACUCGAAGGCCAUUUUUGCAGUUUUUGUCCCAUCUUUUUUCAGAAGAGUCGCUGCCUUUUACUCAAAAAUCAUCUGUCUUUCUACAAUUACAGCUGUUAAAGGGGUACUCCAGAGGGGUGGUCAAAUCAG